AUGACCGAAACUGAGUCACCCACAAAUCCCGUAACAAAUGGAAAAGAUUACCCGAUAAAAGAGUUAUACUCUAGGAUUCAGGCCGUCAGGGAGAAAGUUAAUGAAUCUUCGAUUUCUUUAAUUUCUUCACGUGAAACAGUCCCCCUUAAUGAUAGUAGCCCUUUAGAGACGCAACCUUCCGAACUUUCUAACAAUCAUUCAACGGAACAAAUAGGCGAAAUAUUAGAUGUGAAUGCCGAAAAUGAAGAUAAUAUAGCUGAUUGUCACUGCCAGAAAGUAAAUGUAGUUCAGGAUACGGCGAAUUGUAGUGACUGUGAUAGAGUUAUACCCAUAGUGGCGGACAUAAAUAAGCAAAAGUUACAAUUACUCGACGAUUUGGAAGUCGCUAAUAGCAGAAUAAAGGAAGAGUUUGACAAAGUAGAGCGGCAAAAUGAUGAAAUCGAGCAUUUAAGAAAGCGGAUAGAAGAGCUGGAGGAUCAAAUUGAUGCCAAAUCUGAUGAAUUCGCUGCAUUACAAAAAGACAUGGCCUACCUUAACGAAAAAUAUGUCAAUGAAAUUGACAAGGUGGCUGAGUUGCAACAUUCCAAGGAUAUGGUGGAAGGUGAACUCGAGGAGCUAAGUCGAUCACUCUUUGAACAGGCGAAUGGUAUGGUAGCUUCCGAGGCGAAGCAGCGACAUGAAUUGGAGGUUCAACAAAAAGCUCUGGAAAAGCAACUUUUGGAGACACAAGAACGUUUGGCGGCUGAAAGUAUGCAACUCAAGGAACUGAGGGAAAAGAUGGAACACAUGAUUCAUGAACAGCCACAAUCGGAAAGCAAACGUUCGAGUUCUAGCGAUCCAUCGUUCAGGGCUAGUAUUGAUUUCGCAGAGUUGUUCGGACUUCGCGAAAAAUCGCCCGAAGCAGCGGCGACCUUACCAGGACCAACUGGAGAGGACGGGAUUGGAAUAGAUCCUGAACUAAUGAACGAAUUUAAAGAAUUUGUUGAAACGAGUAUAACCGUACGGCUUCAAAGAAUUCACACUAUUCCCUUUAUGAAACAUUGCCUGGAAGAGGAUGUAGAUGCUUGUAUGAGAUUCGGUAACAGUCCACGAGUUUCCUCUCGUAAAAUAAUUGAUGCUAUCGUUGCCAACACAUGUUUCAUCGAAGAAGCCCCGCCCGGUGCAGAAAAGGAAUUCGCCCUAAAUCUUAAUUCUCCUGUCCGCAACACUGCUGCCAAACCGGCCCUGUGGGAUCGUAUUUCUGGGAAUUCAACUUACCCAAGAAUGGGUUGUCAAUGCUGUGGCAGACCGGGUCCCUUAACUUUUCAAUAUCGCAUAACUAACUUAGAUGAUUGGUCACUUAUUGAUCGCUAUUGUCGUGAUCGAUUGGUAGCCGUGUGCGAGUUUUACGUAUUUAUUCGUAACGUUCGUCAGCGUCUUUACACCAAUCGUACCAUAAGUGAUCUGUAUGCAGAAUGUUUAAGGUUGCGCCUACAAAUGUUCUAUGCGAGAUUAGGAGCCUUGCCUUCAAUGCUUAAUACGCUUGGAAUCAAGGGGACCGAGGUGGCAACUGCGAAGAAACCUUCGUACUUCAUGCCGCCUCUGGAAGUUAAUCACGAUCAGGAAGACCUUGCAUCAGCAAUAAAUGAAGGUUUGACAUCAACCUCUACAUCACCUGUCAGACAAUCCAGCCUUCCAAACAUAAUUCGAAGCACAAUAUCAGAAGUGACGAUGGAUGAACCCAAGUCUGACUCUUCGGUAAAUAUUGAAACUGAAUCCACGGGAUAA